UAUAUAGUAAAAAUGGACCGGCAAAGAUGGAGGAAUAUACACUUAAAUGCUGUUAAGCUUUUAAUAUAUCUAUGUAUACCACAACUUACGUCCGGACUGGAUUUAAUUAAUGGUAUCGAUGAGCAGGUAGACAAGUACGAAUAUUUAAAUCUCGUCCGGACAGUAAAUGGCGGGCGCUUUAUGAUGGGUAUCAACGAUCCUCGAUCUGACAGUGGAGAGUAUCCGCCUCACAAAAUCAACGUGGGAUCCUUUAUUAUCGACCGCUUCCCUGUCACGAACGCCAGGUUCUGGAAAUUCCGUCAAAAGCGAUCCCGACAUUUUACCGGAAGUGAAAUCAGAGGAUGGAGUUGGGUAUUUUGGGACUUAAUUAGUAAUGAAACUCUGGCCAAAAGUACUCCCUCGAGGGAUCCUUGGUGGGUGGCCGUGCACGGCGCCACCUGGAGGAAGCCUGAAGGCCCCGAUUCCACUAUCAAACAGACUCUCGAUCGUCCGGUAGUCCAUGUCAACCUGAACGACGCUGCCACCUUCUGUCAGAACGAGGGCAAACGUCUGCCGACAGAACACGAAUGGGAAUACGCCGCUAGGGGCGGAGAGAACGGCUUGACUUAUCCGUGGGGCGAGUCGUACAAGAGAAACAGGGCAAACAUAUGGCAGGGUCCAUUUCCUAACAGUACGAAACACAGAGACGGCUGGAAAGGGCUUUCUCCAGUGGAUGCGUUUGGACCCCAGAAUGAUUACAAGAUGUUUGAUGUAGUGGGUAAUGUUUGGGAGUGGACGACAACGAGAUAUUACGAGAGGCUUGUCGACCGCAGACUACAGGAGGAGAUGUAUGUUGUGAAGGGCGGGUCGUACAUAGACACGGUUGACGGGAAAGCCAAUCACAUCAUCCGGACGGCACAGAGGAUGGGCUUAUCUCCGGACUACACAGCACACAAUGUUGGUUUUCGGUGUGUACUGCCGAUACCACACGAGAAAUUCAAUAAACAAUCCUCAAGGAAACGGAGACGGAGGGACGAACUCUGAGUCACUAGUCAUUAUCUUAGUAUAGAGCAUGUGGUGAUCUCAUUGUCAUAUUUUGCUAUAUACACCAUGAAUGCUUUUUUGAGUAGUACAUUUUUUUUCAAAAAUGCCAAAAUUCUCGACAAAAUACAUCUACCGGAAAACUAUCAAAUAAAUAUGUUUCUAGAAUCACUCGCAAAGAAGAAUUUCUACAGUGGUUAUGAAAAAAACAAGAGAGUUUUAAUGGUACUGAGACAGAUUCUUUAAAAAUUGUGUACAUUUGGCAAGCAAUCAGAAAGCCAUAUUAAAAUAUAUUUUAAGUUUUUAUGUUCAAUAUACCCAUAUUUCGUACAAAAACGAAAAGUCCUAUCAUGGAGGCACAAAGAAACCGUAUAAAAGAAAAGGGCCCGACCGACUGUCCUUUUGUUGCGAUAACCCCAGCUCAUUAACGUCGUAUAAAGCAUGUCGUAUAUAUACUAUUCAGCUGGUAUAUGACAAAAUAACAAUGAAAACAUGUUUUAAAACAUAUUUAUUAACAAAGGGGAAUCACAUUGUAAAUAUUUUCUGAAUAUUGAAUGAAUUUGGUUAUCCAGCCUCUGUAACAAAUUUGCUGCUUACAAUUCCUAUCUCUUUAUUUUCGAAAAUUACAUAAUCUUUCCAGAAAAAUCGCAUUUUGAAAUAGUGUUUAUUUAGAUAAUAUUUCAAAAUUGUCAUUAAUAAGUGUAUAUGUCUAUCCUGAUAUAGGCAUACUGAUUAUAAUUUUACAUUUGUUAUCCAUCAGCACAAAUUACAACCAGUGAUAAAAAGGAACAAUAGUACCAACGACAGUGUGUAUAUGAGAAGUAUUAGUGAAACUGUUUCAGCUACAUGUACAUGCAAGUUGUAAGGGCGUGUAGUAAUACCAAUAAUGUUUUGUGUACAGUUUGUUUGGUUCAACCGUCAAGUAGGUGUAGUGAAGGAGUAAGAACUACAAUCUAGUCCUUAGGUUUUUUUCCCCAGUACAAAUGCAUAUUUUAUGCAUAAGUUUGGUGAAAGGUGUCUAAAUGUUAGUGUUAGAUAUUAAACAAGAUAUAGUAGCAGAGAUUUUACCAUCUUGAGAUAUGGAUCGUGAAAUUAUGUUUUAAAAGUCAAUAUUUCAGAAAAAGGGCACAUGCCGUUGUUAACAAAUCGAGUAUUAUUAUCUACUAUUCCCACUAGCCUCGUUUCAAAGACACGUUUAUUAAUUUAUUUAUUUUGAGCAUAUGUGUAUGAAAGAAUUUUCAGGAAUUUCAUGUUUACUAAAUAUAAUUCUCGUCACUUUAGUAAAAUUUUCCCCAUUCGUUUCAGUCGAGGAUUUUAAACAUUAUUUAAUUGAUUUUAAAAUGAUGUAACAUAAUAUCAUUUUAUUGAAAUGUGAGGAUUGAAAACAAGUCAAGCCACUGUAUCUAUAACUGAACUUAAAAGGUUCACGUGCUACGUCUUAUACAAUUCCUACGUAACACAUUUCAGGGCUAGUAUAUUGUAAUAGGUAAACGUACCUAUUCUAAAAUUUUAUAAAAUAAUCAUCAUAUGUUACUUGCUCUUACAUGAAUACCUCCUCCCUGAAAACACUUAUAAAAUUAAAAGAAAUUGAACUACUCUUCUCAUGUACAUUUUCAGUUUCAUAAAAGUCAAUGAAUAUGUUAUGCUCGCAAAUUUUCAACUAGGCCUUUAUUCUACUUAAGUAUAACACAAUGUGGUUUUCUUAUUUAUAUAUUUUGCAAUGCUCAUUUAACACUGUCUUACCAAGGGGGUUAGAUAUAAUCUUUUCUCAUUUAAUGGGAUAAAUAGACUCAUAACAAUUCUUGUUUUUAUUUCACCUUAUCGUCUCAAUAAAUAUUAAUCUUCUAUUCUAAUAA